GCAUGAACAAAUAAACAAGAUUAUUCUCUUCUCAUAUUUUUCCCGCUGCAUCGUAUGAAUGUUAUCAUGGUAUCAGAGACUACAAGGUGAGAUACGUCUGCCAUGGUAGAAACUAUCGCUGAACCUGGGAAUGGGCAGAAUUCACCGCCGCCGGGAUUCAUAUCGGAGGAAUGGAAAGCCCUCAUGACAGUUUUUGGUAAUUCUCAAAAAACUACCGAAUGCAUGUCUGGUAAGGAUAAUCAUAUGCGUUGGAUUAUCGACAUCGGGGCAUCUAAUCACGUCACCGGAAACCUUAAUUUUUUGUUUAAUGUUAAAGAGAUUGCUGCUUGCACCGCGGGCCUACCUGAUGGACAGAGUGUUCUCGCUACCAAGGAAGGGUCAAUUAAAUUGACCAGUGAUAUUGAAUUGGAUUGUGUGCUUUACGUUCCCAGCCUAAAAUGACCGUCACUCGAAGAAGCUGAUUGGAGCGGGUGAGCGGGAGAAUGGACUAUAUUACUUACGAGCCUCAGCAACUAUUCAGUCAGUUUAUACAGAUUUGCUUUCAGGGGAUUUAUGGCACAAGCGACUCGGCCAUCCAUCAUCUCAGGUCAUGAAGAAAAUGUCUUUUAUGAGUGGCGGCAAGGGUGAUUUUUCUUCUUUUUGUGAUACUUGUUUCCGAUCUAAGCAGACGAAGGAUUCUUUUUCUGUUAGUAAUAGUCAUGCUACGGAUAUUUUUGAUCUUGUUCAUUGUGAUUUGUGG